UUCUCUCAAAACCCCCAAUUCCUUGGGCAGCCGUCGUGUGUUAAACCCUAAACCCUCCCACCGCCGCCUCCUCCGCCAUGCGGCGCCACCGCCACCUUCUCGGCCUCCUCCGCCGUGCCGCGGCAUCGUCGACGCCCGCCUCCGCCUCCCGCCCCGCGGGCCCACCGCUCCCCAGCCUCCACCCGGUCCCGCCGAGGAAUGGCGGCGCCGCCGGCCCCCGCUUCUUCUCCUCUCGCGCCCGCGCCGGUGCCGGCUCCGGAGCUGCCGCGAAGAGUCUGAUCGAGGACGAGGCCGAGCUCAGCGACUGGAUCAGCGACCUCAAGACCGACUCAUUCCACCUCGGCCUCAGCAGUGGCGACGAAGGCGACGCCUCCUCCACCACGCGCGGGCCGGCUGCCUCGAGGGGAGGCCGGGGGGGCCGGGACUCCAGGGGGCCGCCGCCGAGGUCGAGAUUUGGCGGCGGCGGCGAAGGGCGUGGGUUUGAGAGGAGGGGGAGGAUGGUGAGCAGCGGGAUAGAUGAUGACGACGAGGAUGAGGAUGAGGUUGGGUUUGCUUCUCCGAGGGGAAGGCGGGAGCGGGGAGGGAGGUCGUCAGAAUUUUCACAUAGAGGAAGGAGGGGAAAUGAUCGGGGAGGGAGGUCGUCAGAGUUUUCUCAUGGAGGAAGGAGGGGAAACGAUUUUGACGAUGAUGCUGGAUUUCGGUCUCCAAGGGGGCAGCGUGGCCGGGGUGGGAGGUUGGCUAAUGCGCCGCGGAGGGGCUACGAUUUUGAUAAUGAGUCUGGGUUCCGAUCUCCAAAGGAACAGCGUGGCCGGGGUCGGGGUUACAGUGAUUUGGAUGAUGAUGAAGGUGGGUUUGGAUCUCUGAGGGUAAGGCAAGGUCGUGGUGGAAGGAUGUCUGGUAUGUCACGGAGAGGAGGGAGGGGAAGUGAUUUAGAUGACAGCGAGGAUGAUGAAAAUGAUUCUAUGGAGUUUGGAGCUUCUAGCAGAAGGCAUGACAGGGGCAGGAGAGGUAAGGACGUGGAAUCUUUUGGAUCACGGAGAGGGGGGAGAGGAGACAGUGCAGAUUUUGGCGAUAGGUGGCCGAAGGGUGGAAAGAUGUUUGAUUUUGGUUCAUCAGAAGAUGAUGGUGAACUGGAGGAAGUUGAUGAGGAUGAUGGUCCAUCAGGUUUUGAGGAUGAUCUCUCCGAUAACGGGAGUGGUGAGAAGGAUUUGGUGAAGAGUCCAGCUAAAACUUUUGCCCCUUUCGAGUCAAUUAAAGGAGAGUCAGUUGAUCAGGAGGGUGUGGGUGUGGUGCGCACGAAGGAGAGUGGAGGUGGUGAUUCAUAUUUGAGCCAAACGAGGUUUGAUGAAUGCUCCUUGUCUCCCUUGACACUAAAAGGUGUUAAAGCUGCUGGGUAUGAACGAAUGACUGCCGUGCAGGAGGCCACUCUUCCUAUUAUACUUCAAGGGAAGGAUGUUCUGGCAAAAGCAAAGACUGGAACUGGAAAAACUGUUGCAUUCUUGCUUCCUGCUAUUGAAGUUGUCUCCAAAUUGUCCCCUAUUGAUCGUGAUCAAAAAAGGCCUCCCAUCAGUGUUGUUGUGGUGUGCCCUACACGUGAGCUCGCUGAUCAGGCUGCUGCAGAAGCUAACAAGCUCCUUAAAUUUCAUCCAUCAAUUGGAGUACAACUUGUAAUAGGUGGCACUAGAAUGGCUCUAGAGCAGAAGCGCAUGCAUACAAACCCUUGCCAGAUUCUAGUAGCUACACCAGGGAGGCUUAAGGAUCAUAUGGAGAACACUCCAGGGUUCGCUACUAGAUUGACGGGUGUCAAAGUUCUUAUUCUUGAUGAAGCAGAUCGCUUAUUAGAUAUGGGAUUCCGAACUGAUAUCGAGAGAAUAGUGGCUGCACUCCCAAAACAGCGUCAAACACUCCUAUUUUCUGCAACUGUUCCAGAUGAGGUACGUCAAGUUUGCCACAUUGCCAUGAAAAGAGAUAUUGAAUUUGUGAACACUGUUCAAGAAGGAAGCGAGGAAACACACUCACAGGUGAAGCAAACGCAUAUAGUUUCACCGCUAGACAAGCAGUUUUCUAUCCUGUAUGGUCUUCUAACUGAUCAUAUUUCAGAAAAUGUUGACUACAAGGUAAUUGUGUUUUGUACAACAGCAAAGGUAACAGGUCUCGUUGCCGAACUUCUGUCUGAAUUGAAGUUGAAUGUACGCGAGAUUCACUCCAGAAAGCCGCAAAGUUACAGAACCAGAAUAGCCAAAGAAUUUAAGGAGUCAAAAGGUCUUAUUCUUGUUAGCUCUGAUGUAUCUGCUAGGGGCGUUGAUUAUCCCAAUGUCACACUAGUUGUACAGAUGGGAGUGCCUACUGACAGAGAACAAUAUAUCCAUCGACUUGGUAGAACUGGCCGCCGAGGAAAUGAGGGGAGUGGAAUCUUAUUAUUGGCACCAUGGGAAGAAUACUUCUUGAGAAGUAUCAAAGAUCUGCCUAUUACAGAGGCAACAUUACCUUUAAUUGAUCUGGACACUAAAAGAAAGGUGGAAAAGGCUCUUGCUCAUGUGGAGGUUAAGGAUAAGGAGCUUGCUUACCAAGCAUGGCUCGGUUACUAUAAUUCUAACAAGUACAUUGGGCGUGACAAAUACCAGCUUGUAUCACUUGCCAAUGAAUUCAGCAGAAGCCUGGGUCUCAACAACCCUCCUGCAGUGCCUAAGCUUGUCCUUAGAAAGAUGGGUCUGAACAACAUUCCAGGUCUGCGAUCGAAAUAAUCUGCCUUGAAUCAAAGUUCUCUUGAAUACACACAGCACAUUAUUAUCGUGCUUCACAAGGGUACGAGUUUUGGAGGUCUAGUUAGCAAACAGGCUGCGCAUGAACAACAGUUAUGAUUAAGGUCAUAACUGUUAUUAAUCUCAUUCUUUUGCCGUGUAGCAUGGAAAUCUGCUUGAUGAAGGUGAAUGUAUACACAAGUGAUAUGUAGUAUUGCAUGCCUUGGACAAAUAUUUGAGUACUGGCUGAUGUAAACAUCAUCUGAGUUGGUGGCUCACGGAACUUUACUUGUUUCUUUUCAUCUUCAUGUGCCUGCAUAUUUAGUGGACAGGAGCAGGGGAAUAAUACCCCUGUGUGUGCGCAGAAGACAGGAUUGCGCAACAGCUCUGCUCUCCAUUUGGCAUCGUCAACUGGUUUUGUUUGCAGAAUGCCAUAGGCCCCGUUUAGUCUGUGCUAUAUUGGACAUUUGACUUAGAUUUUAGAAAGGGUUUUUGAACACAAAUAAAAUAACGAAUUUUAUAGCUCGUCUAUAAAC